AUGCCCGACGCAAAAAUCGCAGCAGCGACAAUCCAAAACAACUCGUUGAUGCUUUCCAACGGAAUUGGAAAGGCUGCGGCAGUUGCGCCCAAGCUGAGCGAUGAUGACCACGUUGAGAUGGAAGAUAUGCUUCCAUCGGCGCUGGAGCAUAGUCCCGAAGACGAUAUCAUGCAACUUGCACGACUAGGAGACAUCCAAGGAAUCGAGAGACUUUACGAAAGCGGCAAAUUCGAUGCCAGAUAUUGCGAUACUGAAGGAAUCACUCCAUUACAUUGGGCCGCAAUCAACAACCAGUAUGCAAUGUGCCAAUUUCUAUUGAAAGCGGGAGCCGACGUCAACAAGAAAGGAGGAGAAUCGGUGGCUACUCCUGCUAUGUGGGCGGCACAGAGGUGUCAUUAUUACACCGUGCAUCUUUUGCUUGAACAUGGCGCGGAUCCUCUAGUCACCGACGUUCAAGGUUAUAAUAUCCUCCACCUUGCCACAUUCGAAGGCAACAUUUUUCUGCUUGUCCUCUUGCUACAUCAGAAUAUCAAUGUUGAUAUACCCGAUUUCCAAGGGCAUACUUGUUUGAUGUGGGCGGCGUAUAAGGGGUAUCCUGCAUGUGUCGAUUUGUUCUUGAGAUGGGGAGCCGAUGUUCAUUCUACGGACGAAACUGGAUUUACGUCGCUACACUGGGCUCUUGUUAAGGGGUCGCAGGGCUGUAUUCAGAAACUUGUUGAAUAUGGCUCGGAUCGGUUUGCCGAAACGUCGACGGGGAAAACUCCAGCUAUUACUGCCGAGGAGAUGAAGACGCAAAGGAUGUGGCACCGAGCCUUAAAAGAAUGCGGGUAUGACGAGGAUGCCAUGCCAAGAAGUCCCGAGUUUCCAAUGUCCUCGUGGCUACUGAAAGAUAAGCGCGGGUUCAUGAACAAGUUCUUCUUCUUUUGGCCAUUCCUGAUAAUCUGGACCAUGGUUAUGAUUUCAAGUCACAUGGUCGUAUUUGCAGGUCUACCUCUAGCUCUCUUGUCAGGCUAUACGAUGCAAUGGGUCGCGCUACAAUUAAUGGAGUAUGCACCCUCUGACAUGAGGCAUAUCCACAAAACUCCUUGGCUGGCAGGAAUAUUUGCUGGAACUCUUUUCUGGGUGGGACUCAGGUGGUUAACACAUAUACUUCCUGGGACCUUCUCUGCGUUCCCUUUCAGUAACACUGUGUUCGGAAUAUCCUACAGUCUGUGUGGCUAUUUUUAUUUCUGUACAAUGGCUUAUGAGCCUGGGUUCGUUCCAAAGCUGGGCGGACUCACUCAACAGAAAGCUAUAAUUGACGAACUACUCGCCUUGUGGAAAUUUGACGAGAGCAACUUCUGCGUCCAUUGCAUGGUUAGACAACCAUUAAGAAGCAAGCACUGCAAAAGAUGUAAUCGCUGUGUGGCAAAGCAUGACCAUCAUUGCCCAUGGGUGUACAACUGCAUCGGGAUCAAUAACCAUCGUCAAUUCUUCCUCUAUCUGAUUUUUCUGGAACUUGGCCUGUUCUUCUUAGUGAGGAUCGCCUUAGGUUACUUCGAAACUAUGAGAGAGAAUGGAAGUCCAGACUGCAAUAUGUUGGCAGAACCCUUAUGUCGCAUUGUAAACUCGGAUCCUUACACUUUAGUCUUAGUUAUCUGGGGUGUGUUACAGCUGACAUGGGUUACCAUGCUGCUCUUUGUUCAAUUGGUACAGAUUUCCAGAGCCAUGACGACGUGGGAGAAUAUGAGGGGAUCGCACCACGACCACGGAAACAAGAUUUCAGAAGCGUUUACGUCGGCGCUCACGACUGGCACAACAUCCCGAGCUGGAGCUCAGAUUGGCAACAUAGGGCUGGGCCCUGAUCCGGCUCUGCCUCCUACACACGCCCCUAGGCACAAUCAUCAUCACAAGGCCGGCUGUUUUGCGCAAUGGAAGAAGAUUCUUGGCGUGGAUACCUUCGUGGAGACGGCUCUCGACUACAAUGGGGGCAAUCGUCCUCGGCGUAACCGAAAUCCAUUCUCGAACGGGUGCGUGGGAAACUGCAAGGACUUCUGGUGUGAUCCAGCACCAGUGUUUGGAAAGAGGGAGAACGGCACUGCAAUGCUCGGGGGCCAGGUGGUGGACUACACGGCCAUGUACGAGACACCUCGGCUGAUGACAAUGAGGAGAGGUGAAGGGGCAUACGAGAGUGUGCCUGCGGACGACAGCGUAUGAUAUUGGACAAAGCAUAACCCAGCUACCCCGUCAUCCUCCUUAACGUCUCGGUCCGGAGAGGGACUGUUCUCAACAGUAGGCCCGACACACCGGAGCCGAUAGCAGUUCCCGCUGUUAGCAUUAGAUCCGAGUCUCGCUUAGAGGGCAAAAGCUAAAUGCAAGGGGCCAAGGCUGGCAGGGGUGCUUGAGUGGCGUUGGUUGCAAGAAAUAAUAAAAGAACCCUCCGCUUCUGUUGAUCUAGUUUGGUCCUCCCAUACUGUAGUACUGUAUGUAGAAGAAAGCUUCACAGCAUCAGCAAUUCAAUCUUGGACGGAUUCAUGAAACUAAGUUCUGCGAUGCUAGGUGACGUUAGAGCAAGAACACUGCACUCAAGUAUAUCCCUCCCUAUGCUCCUAAUGCUUGCAUGCAUCUGGUGCAUAAACAAUAAUGUACGAAUUGGAACACAAAGAUUGCGCCCAUCUCGCCUCGCCGGGAAAUGUCGGAUCUACGGUGGUAUGUCGGCUGACUAGGUAGUCAUGAUCCCAGUACGUUGAGGCUGAAACUCCAUAAUUAAUCCCUGUCGUGCAACCAGCGCCAUGCAGACUUUUUCACUGACAGCGUCAGUUUCACAUCAGCAUUACUGAACUGUAUAAUAGUCUGUAUUGGUAGCUUUGGAUGGACCACAGCCAGAAACGCUGCUGCUGACCAUGACAUGGCUGGCUUUUGCAAAGACGACUUCUCUCACUCCGUAGAUGCACUUCACUUCACUUCAUAUGCCAGCAGUGGAAAGUUAUCUCUGCAGAUAGAAACGCAUAAUCCAUGGAUAAUCCAUGAGCACGAAUUCCGUGACUCGAGCAUGCCCGCCCGCAAGAAGCAAACAGGGAAUGAGACAGAAAUCUUUCUGUCUUAUCCACUCACCCACUCCCAAUAUCCGCGAUCUUCCGAUCCAACCACUGCUCCCUUGAGCUCCACGGCACAUCCAGCAUGUGCGACCCUGCUGUCCAGUUGUUGCUCUUCAAAGCUUUGUUAUCACCCACUCUGGGACCCGUUCUCAGAUCCACCCAUAUAGCAUUUGAGCCUCAAAGAGGACAAGUGACCUUGAGGCCUCAAACCCAAUCGAGCUUUUUCCGCCUGCCGGCCAACACCCUCAGACCACUGCGUGGAGGGAGCUCUUAGACGAGAGCGGUUUUCUGUCCUCGCGUUCCCGAAAAAAUUCUUUUCCU